AUGAGAUUGUUGGACAUGUUCCUGGCGAAUUACUUACGAAAUCUCAUCCCAAAUAUCAGUCUGCCUCUUGCUUUGAGCAACAACGUAAAUAUCACAGAUAUCGACAUAACUACUGUUUGUGGAUUAAAUGGAACACAAUAUGAGUGCAUAUGUGAGGAGCAGCAUGUCUGGACCAAUGACACCUGCAAGGCAUAUCAGGUGUGUGAUAAGAUUGUUGGAGACACUUGUGGAUGUAUUCAGGCUCUUCCUUCAGAGGGUCAGCUUUGCCAGAGAGAUAUCAAUGAAUGUGAAGAUGCUUUGUCAGUGUGUGGCCAGUACUCAAAUUGUACUAACAUCAUUGGGAGCCACAUGUGUUCAUGCUGGAGUGGAUUUACUGCCUCCAAUAAAGACAGUCCAGUGAGCCGCAACAACUCAUGUCAGGAUAUAGAUGAAUGUCUGGUCAGUCCAUCUGUAUGUGGUCCAAAUUCCAUCUGUACUAAUGUAUUGGGAUUUUACAAUUGCUCAUGCUUGGAUGGAUUCACUGCAACAAACACAAAUCUCACUAACAGCAUCAGUGUCACAUGUAGAGAUGUCGAUGAAUGUGGUGAUAAAUUAGCAUUCUGUGGUCCAAACUCAAUCUGUACCAAUACAAUCGGGAGUUACAACUGUUCCUGCUCGAGUGGUUUUACUGUUAUAAAUAGGAGUCAACCAGUCAGUAACAGUAACCCAUGCAAUGUGUCUCUACCUUUGAGUGAAUAUCUGAUUGAAAUUCAGAUAAAUACCAUGAAUAGUUCCAUCAUUGAUCAGCUGAGGACCCUUCUAAUGUCUUUCAAUUUACCCUACACAAUCAGUGACAGCACUAACAUUACAGAAAUCAACAUAACUACUGGUGUUUAUUCUGUCUCUGCUUUAUGUUGCAUAGUUAAGAUUAAGCUUUAUCUGUCAUCAAUACUGCCCUAA